UGGCGUAAAAUUUGACCAGAAGAGGUUAGUCCGUAACCAGAUUUCACCUCGUCGCGCAAAUUCUGAGUCGACAAUCGUCGACCCUCGUCCCGAAUUCUACUCUGGGCAGGCCUUCCAUCAUCUCGCCGCUGGCCUGGCAACCAAGAUCCCUCCUUACCUCAAUGUGAAGCAAACCUAUCACGUGAAUCCUUCCAAAACUCAGCCGUCUGUUCUCCCCGAUGGUGACACGUGCGGUACGUCUAAUACGCGGGGCGUAUUUCAUGGCCUGAUCGGCUGGCACCAGCGCUGCUCUUGGUCUUCAACGCUGGGCAGAGUGUCAAGUUCAAGCCAAAAAUCGCCUAUCAAAGCGGAAGCGUCAUGCCGCCAGAAGUAGCUUCAGCCACCGCCCGCAAGAGACCGAAGAUUAGUCGCGGACACUCGGGUUGCAAGACGUGCCGGAAGAGGGGCAAACGGUGCGAUGAAACAAAGCCAGCCUGUCGGGCUUGCGUCCGUCUGAGAUUCGAAUGCAGUUAUUCUAUCGACUACAGUUUUCGGAACCAUGACGCCAGAUCAUUCCAGCCGCGGGUUGAAGCCAAAGAAGAUGCGCGCGUUUUGGCCGAAUCCACCGACCUGCAAGCACUCGAGGUGGUGAAUUAUGGAAAGCCCACCUUUCCCUCGUCAUUGGACUGUGGCAGCAACCUCGAGGCUACUUAUUGGGGUCAUUUCCAUCGCCACGUGCGGCAUCUCCUGCCCGGAAUACAUGUGGAGCUCCUGGAAGGAGCGACCCGGUCCUCAUCACUAAGAUGCGCUGCACUGUGCAUCUCCGCAUCCAACCUGUCAAUGCUGAAUGCACGAGUCCAGCACCGGACCAAUACCAACGACCAUCGACGAUCUGUCUCAAGCCCUCUUGUCAACAAUCUGCACCACUUCCAGGCGCAGGAGUAUCAUAAACGUGCGCUGGCAUACUCUAUCUCUACUCAUGAGAGUGUCGACUCAGCAGCUGAACUCACGGGUCUGGUUCUCCUCGCAUACUAUCAUCACGCCUCCACAAAUCAUUUGCAAUUCCGACUUGCCGUCUGGGAGUCCGUCCAGUUUGUCUUAGUACACAAAGAUGCUCUCCUGCGCACUACCGAAGGAACCGCGGCGCUGCAAAUGUGGUACCGUCUAUGCAUCUCACAUCGCCUGUCCAAACCCCCGGCCUUCAUGCUCGAAGGCGAGGGACCGAGCUCGUUUGGACCGAAUCGGUUUCCAGAUACGUUUGACCAGCUAUUUUUGAGUUGUAUCUUGGGUAUGAGCGCGGAUGACCUCAUUUAUGAUAUAUUAAUCAAGACGAUCGAGCUACGGAGCAGGUUGGUUCUUUUUCGCUGUGUCGCUGGCACCCGUCGGAUACCAGAGGACUCCAGCGAUAUCGGUCCUGUUGCCUAUGAGGUUUUGAAUAAAUUGCUGGGGAGGGGUCGUAUCGCCUCUGAGCAAACAGAAGUUGAGCAGGGGUUUGUGCGAGGCUCGAAUCUAGUUGGAUUGCUGGAAAUUCAGAAGCAACGGUUGCAUGUUUGGAGGACAAAAACUGCCACGGACCGGUUAUUUCGCGAUAUUGAACCUAAGCUUCGCUUCCCAAGGCACCGGGACGCGAUGAACAUACUAUACUCUAUUCUAUGCGAUAUUAUAUUCGAAGAGGCAAGCCAGCGAGGGGGAUCUCAUCCCUUGAUACCGGGUGCGAAACCUUCAAGUAGCAUCCUAGCCAGUCUGGCAGACAACAUAUGCUCACUGGCUGAAACGCUGAACUUCAGCAUUUCAAACACCGACGACAUAUAUACUUUCAGCCUAGCAGAAGUCCUUCUUCAGAUGCUUCUAGUAUGGCGGUCGGAACCCGUUCUCAACCACAUCCUCGACGUCAUAUGGCCGCAGAUGGAACGCAAAUCAAGAGGCUACGAACACUCACACUACCCAACACACCUCGUCAAGCGAAUCAUCAACGAGAUUGCGCGUUACUGGGCGCAGGGUCGAGCCGUCACAUUUGCACAGCUUGCUGUUCCUGAAGACAUGCCGAAGGUCAAGCUCUUGGAUAUUGACUACCCUAUUCAUUUGGUGGUUGGUGGGUAUGGUGCGGAUGGUGGGCACUUUAUGGAAAGAAUUCCGCUCCCUUGAACGGCGACUAUGCAGCUGGUAUAAAGCCCACUCACUGGCUCUAGGAUUGGGAAUAUACCCUGUGCAGAAAAUAGUUCCGACAACUAAAGCUGGAACCCGCUCUAGGCACGUAAGGUUCCUGUCGGGUUCUUCCCUUUGCUCCUUCGAACCUAGAAUUUUAUAUUGCCGCCGAUAUACGCGAGGUCAAUUCGAUCGGGAACUCCGACUUUGUCUUCCACUACUAAAAGACUCUGUCCAAGGAUCACCGUGCUCCCAGCCACACAGACAACAAUGGCAAUUGGUGCAUCCACCUAUAUUAGCCCACAGCACUGUCGCCGCUAUCACUAACCCCUCAUUGAGGGGUUUGCAGUCUAGGGGUAGACUUGAUGAAACCCUACUAUUCUGUAUACUUCUCAGAUUCGGGAGGUUGACGCUGGUCUUUGUAGUUAACUGAUCCAGACAUUGGAAGCCUUGACACACUGGUUCUUAAAAGCGGCCUAUUUUACUUCAGACAUGGAGUUCAUCAUCGAUGCGUAGGCAAGCGCUAAUGCCACUGCUCACAAGUGAUAAAAGCGGUCAAGCUGCGAAUCCAGAGCGGUGUCUAUGCUCUCCGCACCGCGGUUUGAAGACGACUCUGCGCGCGAUCACAUCACCAAGGGUAGGCAAACACUGCAACAAGUCGAUCCAGACUGAAACUAUGAUAUUGUCCACCCGAAUACUUGUGUAGUACAGAAGGUCCAAGGGAAUUUCCAGCCAACCCUUAUUGAUGGAUGGAUGCCAGGUGCUAGGAAACCUAUCCUUACUCACACACUCUAUUACACAUAUGGAUAGUUGAAGGGUGUUAUAUGAUCUCCACGACUAAUUGGUGCUCUGGGAUACUUGAAAACGGAGCAGCAUACCUAACCAUCUGCCCAUUCGCCAUCUCUGCUUACUGGCGCCUCACCAGAUGCCCGGAUAGGUAGGCCCAGUUGCCCAAGUCGUCUCCCUUUAUAGUGUCUUGAAAGGCUGCCGCGAACGGUCGAACUUGACAGAGCCAGGUUAACCACCAAAGUGCCCUCAAGAUGUAAGUCAGUGUUAGACAUACCUCUAUAUUCUCCGUCUGGUCAAGUACCACAGCCCGUUCACCGAAUGCGAUCCAAGUGCUCGCCAAAUCCAAGAGGGUGGCGAACCGCGCCUCAAACUCCUUCUGGGCCCGACGGACGCCAGAAACCGACUCCUUCCCGCGCAAGGUGACUGUAAACACAAACUGAUAGUGUGGCAUGGCGGCGCCCGCGCCACCAAAGUACGCAGCAAGAUCGAAUCCUGCCUCGGCUGGAACGUUGACCGUUAGCUUUGCAACUUCGCCGCCUGCGUGGUUCUGAAGGCUCCCCGCAAACUGGGAAACUGUUUCCUCCGCCGACGCCGGCGCCUGCCCGUCUCUGAAGGCGACAAAGUAUACCGCGACAAAGGUAUUGGGGUCCUCCGACUGGCGUGGCGUUAGACUACUACUGCUGCUGCUGCUGCUGCCACUCACGCCAGACAGCGCGACUUCCUCCUCCCUGACAAACAUCGGUAGAACGGCACUGAAGUCGGAGAAGUUCGC